AUGCUUCUUAAAACGGUGUUUCUACUGUCCUUUCAAUUUGGAUUUGUGUUUUUGUAUUUGCAUGAAAAACCUGUACCCCAAGUGCUAUGGCCUGAGCCAUGUACCAGGGGACAGAGGAUUUUGAACGAUUGCAAUUGGUGCGUCUGUAGGCAGCAAAAAUAUACAUGUACGGCCCGAGUAUGCUCUGAAGUCGAUAUGUUUGGACAUUUCAACGAUCAGAUACGCGAGUACAUAGUAGGAAUGGAAGGAAAAGGCUCAUGGCGGUCAAACGGGACGGUGUGCCAACCAAAAUCAUUUUAUCAACGAGACGGACUACUCUGCAUCUGUGAUGAGGACGGCAACUGGCCAAACCCAGUCUGCAGAGAUGUAUUCCGCGUUUUACAUGAGGUAGAAAUAACCGACCAAAGUGUAGCGACUGCUGGUGACAAGUGCACCGCGACCAGACUGUAUCUAUACGGGUGUAACGUCUGUAUUUGUCCCUCUUCUGGCGUCAUCGACCCCGAAAUGUGUACGAAAAACAAUUGCUCCGAAAACGACCCAGUCCUCGACAAGGGGGAAACCAAACUUGAUGAAGGUGAGCUCGAAGAGGUAUACGCUACCUGCGUCAUAGGACAAAAGUACGAAAUUGGCUGUGGAUACUGCAUGUGUUUGAAAAACAACCGACUUCUCUGCGACAAAUGUUCUGUCGACGUUACCAGAGUAGGAUCUCAGACUCACUGCUCAAGGAUGGAAGUAAAUACCGCUUUCUUCUUGGAAUGCAACGUCUGUUACUGCAACGAGAGGGGCAUGGUCAUAUGCACUACUAAGAAAUGUCGUAACAUCAAUAAUAAUUACAUAGACAUACCUGUAGAACCUGAAGGCGUCAGGUCGAUCAAAGUGGUAGAGCCCCCGAUAUCCGAAGAAGACUGCGUACCAGGAACAAAGUACAAGGUCGAUUGCAAUACAUGUUACUGUUCUUUGACGUUAGAUGGCAGAAAGGUAUUGUCGUGUACCGUGAAGACUUGUAAAACCUCGAUGAGGAGUAAAAUAGCAUCUUUGAGAUCGGACUGCGUCGCGGACACGGCUUAUGAGGUGAACUGUCUCGAAUGUACUUGCACCGUUGUAGACGGUGUCAAGCGAGAGACGUGUAUGGUAGAUUCGAAGUGUAACCUUCCCGAGAUGAAUAGAGAACCAAGAACAUCGAAUUUCUAUGACUUGCACGGGUAUUGUGAGCCAGCGCACAUUUACUCGAAGGAUUGCAACACCUGCCGAUGCUUGUCGGAUGGGAAAACAGCAAUUUGUUCGUCCAAAAUUUGUCCUAAGCCAGAUCUGCCAAUUUUUGCGGACAUUAUUCCCGUGAGUCAGAGAGGUGGCAAGCCGUGUCCAAAGGACCACAUGUAUAAAGUAGACUGUAAUUUCUGCUUCUGUCUAAGAAAUGGUAACGUUUUGUGUACAACUGUCAAGUGUGAUAAUAAAUAA